AUGGAUCCUCCAGCAACUACGCCGACUCCCAAAAGGACAAGCUCUAAAAGAAGCAACAGCAGCAGCAAAAGAGGCAGCAAGAAGGGCAGCAAGAGGGGCAGUAAGAAAGGCAGUCGAAGAUCUAUGCCCCAAAGACAGAAAAGUUCUUACAAGAGCAAAGCGGUGUCCUGGCUAGAACCCCGGCUUCUGGUCAUAACCACAGGGGUCACUCUCCUAGGAGUCUUUCUGCAAAUCAUCGCCAUCUCCACCGACUCGUGGCUGAUUCUUGAUGCUCCCAGUCAAGGUCUCGUUGGCAACAACACUGGCAAAUAUCUCAUAGAAGCUUACACCGGUUUAUGGAGGCUGUGUCGAGUGGAAAUUUCCAGAUUCUUCAACAAAGACGGGAACAUUAUUGAAGAGAGAGUGUCCACGUGUGAACGACACAACCUGUUCCCUUCAAGCGAGGAGGUGCAGGAGAGCAAAGAUUACCAGCAGCAACAUCUGGACUUUGAGGUCAAGGACAUGCUCAAGAUGG